AUGAUCACGGACCUCUGUGUAUUGAAUGUCACUGGUCCGGCAAUUGUCAAUGCGCCCAACGGUGCCAUCUUCAAGACACUCGAGAUCAUCUUCAAUCCAGCCAAUGGCACAUCGACACUCAACUGGUCCGGCGACGUCCAGUCAACAAACCUGAACCUGACCUCAAUCGGUGGCGAGCUGCCCAAGAUGAGGUACCACUCCAGCAAGGUGGAGUUUGCCAACUCAACUGGCUCGCCGAUCAUCGGCUAUCUAGAGACCAAUAGUAUUGCCUCGCUCAAACUUCCACCAUUCACAAUCAACACAAUGGUCAUCAACAAGGCCUUGAACUUACUCUCGCUGCCCUACACUAUUGGCGAACUGUUUGUCAAUCAGUCUUCAGUGGCCAACUUCCUGGCAGGUACGUCACUGCGGUCAGUGUCGCUCGUACAGUCUUCAAAGUGCACGGUAAACACACCGAUCAGCAUCGAUUCGCUGGUCUCUACCAGUUCAACUAUGAACAUUACCAAUGCCGCCGUAUCCAUUGGAUCAAUUUCACAUUUGUCAUCACCACUUAACAUUCUCGUCGGUGCUGUCGCUAGCGUGGGCGCCGGUCUACUUAACAACUCAUUGUUGACAGUCGAGGCCGGUGGCUCUCUGGCAUACACGGGUGGCGUCUUAGGUGGCGCACUGUCCGUUGCCUUGAAUGGUCAAGCCAGCUUCAGUGGUCCCGUCACUUCAAUACUCAAUACGCCACUUACACUGCUCGGUACCAUGUCAUUGAAUGCUGGAGCAUCAAUCAUAGGAUCACAAUCAAUUAAACAAUUGGUCCAGUCCACCGGUGUGUUAUCAAUCAACAAUGCAUCAUCAUUGAACACAACGACUCUGGUUGUUCAAGAAGGUGGUGCCGUCAAUCUUAACGGUGGAUCAAUAUUGAAUGCACCAUUGAGUCUUCUCGGACAACUGGUAUCUGGAAUUGGUUCUCUGAUAUCAGGAUCUUCAGUCAAUAUCACCGGCUCGCUCUCUUUAAAUGGUGGAUCCAUAGUAUCUUCGCCACUCGACCUUCAGGGCAGCCUCAGCUCAUACUUUGGCUCAUCAAUAACAAGCUCAUACGUCACUGCCCAUAACAAUUCAAGUCUGUCAUUGGGUGGAGACGUUCAUUUGUCUACACUGGACAUCAAACAGGGUGCCAAGGGAUCAGUGCGUACAGGUGGCGCACUCCUCAACUCAAUACUGUCACUGUCUGGCAAGCUAGUCGUGGAGGCUGGCUCCUCAGUAACAACAUCCGCGCUCACAGUCCAGUCUUCGGCAUUACUCUCAGUCACUGGUGGAACUUUAAUUGGUUCGCCUUUGACAUCAACUGGCAAGGUCAUGCUGGACAAUGGUUCAACGAUCACUGGUGCCACACUAUCACUACUCAUAGGGGGUCAACUCAACAUCACCGCCAACUCCAAAGUGAACAGCGUUGAUCUAAAGUUGGAUGGAAUCACACACAUACUUGGUCAAUCAUCGAUCGUCUCAUCGGACCUAACACUCACUGGCAACAUGUCAAUCAACGAAGGAAGUAUGAUCACUCAAUCACAAGUGGACAUUAACAAUGGGGCACUAAUGAACAUGAUCCUUGGCCGUCUACUCAACACUCCAGUCGCAGUCCAGGUCGGCGCCAAACUCUCCCUUGACACAGCCACCAUAACAGACUCACCAUUAACCGUGCUUGGUGUUGUCUACUCAAAGACCAACGUGUCAAUUUCAAGCUCAUCAACCAAGUCUCCAGUGAGUAUAACAGGCAAUGGUUUACUCUCAGUGUCCGGCUCACUCUAUGCCACAUCCACACUAAGUGUGAGUGCUCUGAUAGAUGGUGGUGGUCAGCUGGCUCUUGCCAACAAUGCACUUUUCACAGCAGGUGACAUGGCCAUUGGGCUCUACAGAAUCAACGCUCAGAUUUCCUCCAAGGGUGGUGUUCUCCAGUCCGUCGGUACAAUCCAGCUCGCCAACCAACAUAGUGGAUCAAUCAGUGACAUAUCAAUCUUGUCAAGUUCACUCGAUAUUGACACUGACAAACUGGUACUCAACAACAGUCUACUCACAGUACAUCAGACGUUGUCAUCGACCAUGCUCAAUGGCUCCUUGUCAAUGAUCCACUCGACCCUAGGUCUCACAACAGAGUCGGCUGAUAUCUCGCUUAGAUCAGUCUCUCUUUCACUUGAGAAUGUUCGUCUACACUUGGCCUCAUUCCUUCCAGCUCGUCUUGUGAUCUCAGACAACACAUCAACUAUCAAUGUGGCCAAUCUCACCGUUGUGACCUCGGGCUCAGUUCCAUCCGAUGCGACCUACACCAUUGGAUACUCAGCAGCAUCGUCCGAAUCAAUACAAUGCAACAACAACAAUGGGUCACAAACCUCUUCAUCGCCAUCAUACCAAUUCAUAUGUGAUGGUAGUAUGAUUGUAUUGAGGUUCAUUAACUGUUCAUCCAACUCAAAGGGUGAGUGUCCAAUGGCCAAUGGCACAUGUCCACUUGAUCGUCCUGUCCAAUGUCUGGACGAUACCUGUGUCACCUCGAUCUAUGAUUGCCUUGCACUACCUCCAUGUCCAUCACUAUCUCAACGCUGUGCCGAUGGCAAGUGUGUCACCGCCACCGAGCAAUGUUCCAAUGUCACCUCGGUUGCCGCCAAGUUCUUUGGAUGUCCAAUUGGAUACUUCCAAUGUCCCUCUGGUCAUUGUCAACGAAAUGUCUCUGAUUGUUGUGUUAACUGCUUAACCAUUGCAACCAACACUUAUCCAAUGCAGACUACAUCACCAUUUGACUCGUCAAAGGAUGUGAUUAUACCAAUUCUAUCAAAGGACUUCACUUUGGGCUCCUCGGCCAACAUAUAUGGAUAUGUUAGUCUGCCACUAAAGUUCACCAACACACCAAUGCUAGACUAUAUCUCAAUCAAUGCAUUGGACGACAGCUACCUUGAUACGAUCAAUGGUACAGAUCUUUGGGGACCCAACCAAAACUAUCGUGAUCACAUCCAUACCAUGGUGUACAAUGUAACACUGGGCAAUAUCCCCAACCCAUUAUUCGAUACUCCAGUUCAGUUCAAGUUCAAGUCCAGUGGAACAUUAUUGGGACUCAACUUUACAAUCACAAAGUUGGCAUUCAUUAAUGUCACUUCCAACAGAUGGCAGGCAAUGGAUAGUAUAGUACUGUGUGAGGAGGACAAUACAUUGAUAUGUGCAUCGACCAAUCACUUUACAUCAUUCGCCGUACUGACCGAUUAUAAUGGCGGUGAUGGAAAGACUGGUGGAGAGUCUGCCAAUGCUCAGAGUGGAGCACUGUCACGUACCACAUUGAUCGUUGUCACUACAAGUGUUGUAGGUGGCAUUGUGGCUGUGUCUGCCGUUGGAGCAUUCCUAUUUGCCAAGGUGACCAAGCAUGGCUCACUCAAGUAUUGGUGGGCAAGCAAGCCACGCACUCUUCCAUCAAGUGGAGUGUAG